UUCUGGCCACUCUCAUAUUCUGUUCAAAUUUUAUAAGGUCACGACUGCCAUUCAAAUUGAAUCGAGUCUAGACAAAAAUGUUGUCAUCCAUUUUUUGCCGUGCUAAACAAAAAAUUCCUUUAAAUCAGGGUAUAAAAGGCGUUUAUUUGGCAUACUGCGCCUACUGCAACAAAGCGCCAAUUAUUUACAAGAAGAGUAUCGUGGGCAAGUUUCACAUCGAUGUCAGAUCUGCCAUCGAUAUAGAAAAAACUUUCAAAUUCCCAGGCAGCCUUAACAUUCCAGCUGACCAAUUGGCCAAAGCACUGGGUCCAGCUACAAGCGAAGCUCAAUUUAAAUUCCAAUUUGGUCGCGAAAAACCACAUGAAAACAUCGAACUUAUGUUUUCAUGUGCCACAGGAGAGCUUGCAAGAUUAUCUGCCGUUCACGCUGUCGCCUUGGGCUACAGAAAUGUCUGCUUUUACGAUGGCAGCUGCACAGAUUUGCUGCAACAGGAUACACAAAUUAAAAUAGGAUAAAAUAUGAACAUAUUACAGCAUCCUUAACAAUAAAAUAAUGUAAACAU